GUGCACUGAAUUACAAUCAAACUAAUUAAAAGGGAUAUGGAGAAACUUAUUUCAAACUGGUCAAAUGUCCAAUCUGUGCCUGAGAACUACAUAUUCCCAUUAGAAACAAGGCCAGGGGAGGAUCUCAAUAUCCCAGUCAACAACAACAUCCCAAUAAUUGAUCUCAAUGAAGCUCAAAACGGUGAUAGAGAUCACACAAUUCAACAAAUUAUCAAGGCUGCUCAGGAGUUUGGAUUCUUUCAGGUUCUGAAUCAUGGAAUCUCGAAGAAUGAAAUGAAGGAAACAAUGAGUAUUUUCAAGGAGGUGUUUGAGAUGCGUUAUGAAUACAAGAAAAACUUAUAUCUUGAUGAUGAUUUGAAGACAUGUAAGAUAUUUACUAGUAGUCUAAGAUAUGAAAGUGAAAAGGUUCAUUUAUGGAGGGAUAGUCUUAGACACCCAUCUCAUCCUUUGGAACAGUGGAUACACUUAUGGCCUGAAAAUCCUAUGAGAUACAGAGAAUGUGUUGGGGAUUUUUCGAUUAAAAUUAAGGAGUUGGGUUCAAGGAUCUUGGAUUUAAUCAGCAAAGGGAUUGGUCUGAAGUGUGGAUAUUUUGAAAACGAUCUUGCCGGAUCAAUGAUUACCUCAAUUAAUCAUUACCCACCAUGCCCUGAACCAAGUUUAACUUUAGGUUUACCCAAACACAAAGAUGCUUACCUCAUCACCAUUUUAAUGCAAGAUGAUGUAAGUGGCCUUCAAGUAUUAAAAGAUGGAAAUUGGAUCAAUGUUGAGCCUCUUACUCAUGCAUUUGUCAUCAAUAUAGGCCAUGUGUUGGAGAUAAUCAGUAAAGGUAAGCUAAAAAGUGCUGAGCAUCGAGCUGUGACCAAUUCAACAUAUUCUCGUACAAGUGCUGCCUUUUUCAUAGCUCCAUCAGAUGAUUGUCUCAUAGAGCCAGCACAAGAUCUCCCUGAUGAUAACAACCAACCUGCUUUAAGGUCUUUCAAAUACAAGGAGUUCCUCAAGCAAUUCUUUGACACAAACGGUGACACAGACCUGCUGCUGAAACCAUUUGAGGUUCCAAAUAAUUAAAUGAAAUAUUGUGGUAUGUAUAAUGUAUCAUUUAAUGAUGUAAUAAUCCUCAGCCCCGUUCUUGAGUCUUAGGCCAUGCUGAGAAAAUGAUUUCCUUAUAUAAUACAUCGUAAUUUUUUCUAUAAACGACAACUAAGACAUGUAUUAAUUAAGUCGAUUCACAUUACAGAUAUGCUAGCAACCCAAGUCAUUAUAAUAUGAUGUUUUGAAAU